GGACAUUUUGAAUAUGUCUGCAGGUCUUUGUUGCUGUGCGCUUGUCGGCUGCAGGAGGGAGGACAAUUGGCGAGUUUGAAUCUGGGUACCUGUAACGGGAGCUGCCGGGAGCGCAAGCAAUGAGGAGUAGACUCGCGGAUGUUGUAGAUCGGCAUCAGCUCACUCAGGUUUCUUUGUCAGGAGCGAAGAUGAAUACAAGAAGUACAGCUGCCAGCGCAGUUCGGAUAAUUGUGUCACUGUUAUUUCUGGUGGCUCUCCUGGAGCCCUCAAAUUGCCUCUCUGCAGAACCAGUGGUUUGGUCGUCCCAGCUGUAUCCCAAUGAAAGGUUGGGCCCUACGAGUUGGCGUUAUUACAGAGUCGAUUUGCCUACCGGUUUUGCUGCGCUGUCAAUAUCUUUGACACGAAAAUGGGAGGAUGUGGACUUAGCUUCCAUCCAUAUGCGCCGUUGGACUCUUCUCGCUUCAAGUUUUUGAGGUUGUUCACUUGAAUGGUGUUGAAGGAUGAACAUACAAGUGUAAAAGCAGCGAGUCCUCUGGUCUGUUUUGGUUUUAAUGGACCACCUCUUGCCGUGCCACCAGUGGCAGAAAAGUCUCUGCUGGAUGUAGCAAUUGCUGCAGGUGAGUUGCGAGACGCGUCUGUUUCGGGGAAAUGUGGGUGGUUCAACGAGACUGUCGAGUUUAAUGUUUCGAACUUCGAGAUCUUGGAGGGGUUGAUGCAUAUAGGAAUUUAUAGUGACAUCGGUGCAACGCGAACCCAAAGUCACAUGAUUUCUCGGGGCAAAGAGUACAAGUUUGCGCUGGAUGUUCAAGUUCUGCGUUGUUCCAAUGAAGAAUACGGGGGUCCGGAGUGCAAAGUAGAGAUAACCAAUCGUCCUCCAACAAUGUUUUUUGAAUCUGCUCUUUCAAAUACACCAGAUCCAGAUCUUAGUGAUGAAACGAAAGUCGUACUUGCCCCGGCUCCAAUUGGGGUCAAGGGAUUUACAUUCAGCGAUCGACAUGACAUGUCACAGGCCUCACGUACCGAUCGUUAUUCGGGCGAGGAGUGUGUAAAACUUGGUGAAACACGAUACUUGUCAUUAAGAGUCGAAUCAAUUCAAUCGGAAAUGUUAGUCAAAUUCGAAUGUGACAAUUCAUCUAGCAGUGAAGGACAUCCAGGAAACCAAAUAUGCCAAGAGCUUUCGAAAAAUCAUGGCAUUGUUAUACUUAUUCGACUGCGGUAUGGUGCUCUACCGAGUGAAGUGAAAAGUGACUACACACGAAAGCUAAGUUCAGGACCUAUACUUGUGGACAGUCCCAGGCGUGGUUUGUGGUAUCUAUCGAUGACGGUUUCGAACAUAUCCUCCAGCACAGAAACAGGGACAAAUAUAGGGGAUGAGUUGUGCCUGACUAUGAAUUGGGGGUCCCGGACUUGUGAAUCGGAUCUCUUCGGAAACAGCUGUCAGUGGACGGUGCUACCUUUAGAAAGAGUGUUGCUUCCAGAAAUUGAGUCUCCAUUUGACUCCUAUUAUUUUCCUGCGAAUGAUCGUGGAGCAAUAGAUUCUGGCAGUAGAUGGUUCUCUCUUCUUUCUCCUUCGAACACAUCCUACGAAACGUGGGAUUAUUUUACAAUGGAAGUUCCCACUGGAGCAAGUGGCGGGGUGUUAUCCAUUUUUGUCAGUUCACCUGCGAUUUUAAACACUGAAUUGUAUGCCCGCUUCGGAAACUGCCCUACGACCAGUAAUUGGGAAUUUAGGAAGAGAAAAGCGGAUAACUUGGAACAGCCAAACGACGUAGGUGAGGUCCGGGGCUUGGUAGAUAUAUCUAAAAAUGUUUCAGUUAUGGAAAAGGAAGAAAUUUCCAAAUAUUCCCUCGACCUAGUCUAUCCGAAUGAAGGCACAUGGUGCUUUGGAUUAAGGCACAAUCCUGCUGUAUCUUCAGACCUGGAACCUCUUGAUUAUAAUGCUCCACCAGAAGAAUAUUCGACGGAGGUGCAGAUAAUACUCCACGGGUGUCCAAAUAAGUGCUCUGGUCAUGGAAAGUGCCGCCCAGACCGUGAAGCAGGUCGUCUCCAUUUUAUAAGCCACUGCACUUGUGAUGUCGCACAUGGGGAUUUCGAUUGUUCAGCAGUCCUGGUGGCACCAGGAGAGAAGAUGCAGCAGACUUGGAUUCUUACUUUCUCAAACGCAGCUGCCAUACUGCCUAGUGUUUGGGCUAUUAGGCAUCAGGCGUAUGCAGAGUGGAUCACCUUCAUGCUGAGUGGCAUGGCAAGUGGAAUUUAUCACUCUUGUGAUUCUGGGGGAUGGUGUGCCAUGCCAUUUUCAACGUUGCAGUUUCUGGACUUUUGGCUCUCCUUCCUGGUGAUCAUCAUGACUUGUCUAUAUAUGGCCGGCUUUGUUGGACCGAAGCAAGGAAUGAUGCAUAUAGGGUGCGCUGUCCUGACGGCCACUAUUGCACAACGAAAUGCUACGAGUGGUUGGAAUGUGCUAGUGGUGGUCGUGAUGGGCGUUUCAGCUUUACUGCUAGGAUGGGCUUUGGAAUCUCGAAAAGGACGAGUCUUUUCAUCCCAAAGUUGGCUGCCACGUUCAAAUCCUUUUUCUACUGCUCUAGCUGCAGUGUUGGGAUGGACUAAGUCAGUGGUACGCCAGUUCAGACACAAGUUCCGCUGGUUGUAUCUCGCUGCGGGCUUGUUUUUUCUAUUCAAUGCAAUCCUCAGCUUGUACUUGGAAGCCGCUCGGACCUACUGGAUUUGGCACAGCUGGUGGCAUGUCAGUAUCUAUACAUGUGCCUUUUUCAUGCUCUACUCUGUCGUCCCAAUAAACCAAAGACCAGAUUUUAAUUCAUACGAAGUCAUGUCACAAAGAUACACAAUCGGAGAUUUAGAAACAACGGAAUUAAAUCCUCUACCGGAAAGCUAAUUUGAGAAGGUGAGCGGAAGUUUCAGAAGUAGAAAUUUUUUCCAAUUGUAAGAAAGAAGUUGAUGCAUGUACAGGUUUUGUCUCAUAGAACAAGUUGCCAUGAAAUUAGAGUUUCAUUCCAGUUUCAUUCCACGGGAUCAUUUUCCCAGUCACUGUACAGUGACGUACUGGUUUCAAGACACAAUAUUUCUUGCAAUCAGUACCUCGAGAGACAUUGUAUCAGUGCAGAGCUGUGUAUUACAUUCCUCUGAAUGCAAUGGAGAGCUUCUCUUGAAGAGCUUUUUCAGAACCUUUACAACUAACUCUAAAGCCUCUUCACUAUCAUGAGAUUUCACUGCCAUUUGUGCGGAAUGCAUCUUCAUUACUCCCAUUCAAUCUCCUUGUCAAAGACAUGAGGUGAUACUUGCCUUCACGUCCCUUAUGAAUUCCUCGUGAACGGCACCAUUGCUGGAAUUGAAGGGUACGUCAUAGCAGCUCUGUGCGGGGAACAAAUGUUUUGUCCAAUUGCACAAAACGAAAUCGCGGUUCUAAAAGAAUUCAACAGAGAUGCAUAUCUAUCAAAGUGUGAACGCUACGUAAGAACCACAAGAUGCAGGUCUAGACUGAAUCCAGUGUUUUAUAUAUAUCUACAAAGCUAAGCUUCCAAAUUGUUUGUUCCAAUCCUCAUAUAACCCGAGCUCAUGUUGAGAAACCGAAGCUCUUACUUGUUGUAAAGCAGACAUGAAAU